UCAAAAUUGUUUACAAUUUUUGACAGCCGAUAGUGGAACAAAUUAAGUACAAAAUGUGGAAAUUUUUAUUCAUUUUUGUCUUAAAAACGGUAACUUCAGAUGAAAUAUUCACAAGCACUUUUUCAGUGACUGACCAGUGUAUAAGUUUAUGUAAGGAAAAUGAGUUGCCCCUACUUGACUUGGAAAAUUACGAACAAAUCGUUUGCCAACGCGGUUGUAGAUUUUUUAACAUAAUAAAUUUUAAGGACGAACUAAAUUUAAACAUUACAAGAAAGGAGUGUCACUUAUCGUGCAACGAAUCUUACAUUGUUGCAAAAGAAAAUGAAAUUUGCUUAAAAGGUUGUGAUUUGAUGGCGAAAAAGCGACAGAGCGAUAUGUCUACAUUUCUGGUGAUAACAGAAGAGGAUGAGUCACAUAACAUUGUUUUAGCUGAGCCUGACUUAGAAAUACUAGAAUCCGACAUUCUCUCAGAUCCUAGUAUUAAAAGUCAGCUUGAAAUAGGUUUUAACAUUGAUUAUAAAAUUCCUGAAACUCACAUUAGAACAAUGCCUAUUGAGUUCAAGGAUGACACGAUUGUAAUCAAAUCAACUGAAUAUUCAGGUGAUUGGCUUGAUUGUGCAUCCAGAAAUUCCGGGAUUCCACGUUGGAUUCUCCUAACUGCGUUUUUGUCAGCGGUUUUAGUAGCUUUAUGGUUGAGUUUUUCAACUGAAAAGAAAAACACUGAAGAGGUAGUGGAGGUUGAUAUUCCUGAUGAAAAAUUAAUCCUAGAAAAUGAAGAAAAAGAUCCUGAACUUUUGGGAGAUUAUCAAGAAAUUGGAUUUUCUACACCACCUAAAUAUACUGUUGAAAGUGAAAAAAUUUAAAGGUAGAUUUUCUAAAAGGCAUAUUUUCUUAAGGAGGGCUGAUAAGGCAUAGUAAUUGUGACUGUCUCGUAAAUGUUGUAGUGGGUUUAUUUCAGCAUUUGUUACUUAAAUGUUUUGAAGCUAUGUGGUUAAUAUUUCUAGUCAUUGUAGAUUUUUUGUCACUCGUUAUAAAAACAUGCUACAGAAGUUGUUAUUGGCGCACAUGAUAUUUAAAGGGACUUAACGAAAAAAAAAGCUUACGAUUUUUUAAGAACAAAUUAAAUUUUUUCGAUAAUGUAAAUCAUAUUUUCCGUAAGUGUAAUAUUUUAUAUUGUAAGAUUUGGGAAUAUUAAUAAAAUGUUACUAAAAUCUAA